GUAACUGGACAGUGAACAGUCUAAAAAAACCAACAGUGAUCUAUUUAUGAAUCAAAACUUUUAUCAAAAAUGUGUGUUAUAUUCGCGAAAAUUGCCAUCACACUGUGAAGCAAACUACUAAACUGGACGUGACCACAACAACUAGUUUUUUUUAAUAAUUUACAAAAACAACGCAAGAAAACAAAUUUCGUCUAAUCAGUCAAACGACCUGACAAGAGCGUAAACGCAAAGAAGCAGAGUUGUCUAAGCAGUUGAUGUCUUUAACUUAAAGUUUCAAAAGUCAUGGGUUGCAAGCUGGCGAAACUCGCGGCUUCAGAGCUGAACCAUGACCCGUUCGACCGGCCAGCGCCUCCGUCGGACCCCAGAUGUCCCCUGACCACAAAACAGCAGUAUUGCAUGCUGGCAUCUUGGAAGGGGAUAUACAGACAGAUCGAGAAGACAGGCAUCAUAUUGUUUGUCAAACUCUUCGAAGAAAACAAGGAUCUCCUAGCCCUCUUCACAAAAUUCAGCGAGCUCCACACAGCAGAACACCAGUUCAGCUCCACAGAACUAGCUGAACACGCUACGAAGGUCAUGCAUACCCUGGACGAAGGCAUCAAGAGUUUACGAGACGUGGAUGGGUUCCUGGCGUAUGUGCAACAUGUGGGGGCCACGCAUCAUCAGAUAGAUGGGUUCGAAGCCAGCAAUUUCUGGAAAGUAGAGCAACCUUUCCUAGAAGCAGCGAAGACCACGCUCGGAGACCGCUACACGCCCAACAUAGAGAAUAUAUACAAGCUGACCAUCCGGUUCAUACUGGAAAACCUAGUUAAAGGCUAUGAGGACGCCACCCCGGGCAGCGGUCAGAACACAAACGGGGACGGUCAGAAUGUAAACGGAAACGGUCAGAAUACAAACGGGAUCGGUCGGAACGCUGACGCGAGUUAGGGCU